AUGUCUCUCCUCCUUCUCUCUGUUGUCAUAUCUUAUGACAUUGCUUGCCAGUGGAAGCUCAAUCUCACGAAGAGAAUGAAUGGGCUUCCAGAACACCUUCAGAUGCCGGCGGCUGUCGCCCUCGCGGCAUUUAUAUCUGGAAUCCCUAAGUUCCACUGCCCUGCGCACAAAGAAAAAUGUGUGAUUCCACAUUCCUUGAACCUCAUGCCAGGCAUAGGACGGACUGAUGGCGAGGGAAUCGAACACAAUUGGGCAGAGAUAAACCGUGUUGCAAACAGCACAAAGGAAAUGGGUGCCAGUUAUCGACACGAUGUCCUCGAUGAUCAUUUUGGACAUCACAACUGGCGCAAGACUCUCACUACGGAGAAAAUUGCUAAAUGCUGUCAAGGAAUGCGACAUCACCAAUCCUUUUUGCGUGACUUCAAUUCAGCGAUCGAUGAUGCACAUCAAGGAGAAUGGACUGCGAUGAUCGAGGCUUGGGAAUGCGACAAAUCAAGUCCGAAUCCAUACGUGCACAGCAAAAUUAGCCUUUCAGAAGCACAAGUAUGUGCUAAUCUCAUGGACAAUGAGAAGAUUGCUAUUAGUAAUGGGCAUCAACUUCCACAUGAAAUGACUCCUAGUUCCUUCAUCAACAUGGGCCUGGUUCUGGAAGACGCUCAGCGACGAAUCAAAUCGGAUCUCACAAGAUCUCUCGGUGCGAAUGGGCACACCGAACUUCACCAACGUCAGGUCAUGCUACAACGACAGAUAGCCCACUUCCGCGUCAUACAGCGGGUAUAUAUGGUAGGCAUCGAAAACUGGAUUGAAGAGCAAGACAUGAAUUUGUCUGACGACAUCGAGGACGAAUUGCUCUGGCUACCAUCGACACUCCCUCCAAGCGAUCGAGAAGUAAUAUGCACAAACAAUGUUGCUCACAUUGAGGCUGAGUUGCACAAGGGACAGUGUUGCGAUUCACUUGAUAAGUUGCACAGGCAAUUACAUACCAGAUCCCAUUUCGUCAAACACCACAAUCUCGAUUUACGUGGACAAAAAGCCAACACUCAUGCAAGUUCCUUUCUCGCUCGGUUCAACAGCAAAAUCAACGCUGCUGCUGAAAAGUACCGUGUCACUCGGUCAGCAUUGCUAGAACUGGUUGGGAUCAGCGAGCUGGACAAGGAAUUUCAAUAUUUAGAGGCAAGGGACAUUGUGGCACCUGUUGACAUGGUGUCGGGUGGCAAGGGUAUCAGACGACAUCGUGGAUUUGGUCUGCUUUGGGAGUUCAGGAUGAUGAAAGUGAUGCGGAAUGGGCCAAGUCUCGUGCAAUGGUGGAACGAAGAGGUUUUACUCCUCAAGGAGGAAAUGCGGCGAACACGACAAUUUCUUGCAUGGCGUGCACAACAGUGGCAAUCUGUCACUAAUCUGUCACACCAGGACAUGCAGAUUGUGGCUGGCGCCAUCGCAUAUGCCCACAGGCAGGCUGCAGUUCAGCAUGCACUAUUGGCUCGUUUCACAUUUCUCUGGGGCACUGGAGCUGAUGCGGACAUCACAGCCGCUGCAGAUGAGUUGACUGAAUGUUUUGUCGAGGAUGAGGUCAAUUUUGAUGACGAAGAGGGGUAG